CUUCUUUUGCUUUUUCCCUCUCCAAACUGAUUUUUUAUUGUUUCUUGCUGCCCAAGUGGGACUCUGGCUGUAAAAAACUUCCUAUUAGGCCACUACAUUUCAUUAUCUUUUAAGUGAGGAAAACUUUCAAGAGAGGAAUAUAGCAGUUUAUCACUGUGGUGCUUCUCUCUUGAUUCUGCUACUCAAACUGUUAUUGUUUUCUCUGACAGAUUCUGUUUAUCUUUCUUCCUGUGGUUUGCACUAGUCUUUACCGCCAGUAGAAAUACAUUUGAGCAAGAUUUAGUGCAGAUAGUUUUGUGGUGCCGCAUUUUGCGAAUUGAGUCAUCUGGAUUUAAGCGACGUUUUUAACUUUUGAGCUAUUUGAUUUUUUGUAUGGAGAUUUGAGUCUUGUACUGUGUAUAGAUUAUAGAAAAUUGUUAAAGAAGUUUCCUUUAUAAGAGAAAAGAAGAAAAAAAGGAGGGAAACAUGGCCGGAGGUGGAGGAGGAGGACACGCGCCGCUACCGAAACAAGAGGAGCUGCAGCCACAUCCAGCUAAGGAGCAGCUGCCAAAUAUUGCUUAUUGCAUUACUAGUCCUCCACCGUGGCCUGAGGCUAUCUUACUUGGUUUUCAACAUUACCUGGUGAUGCUAGGCACAACUGUGCUCAUACCCACCUCUCUGGUUCCCCAGAUGGGAGGAGGAAGUGAGGAGAAGGCAAAAAUGAUCCAAACACUGUUGCUUGUAGCUGGAUUAAACACGUUGUUUCAAACAUUUUUUGGUACUCGUUUACCAGCAGUCAUUGGAGCCUCUUUUACGUAUGUGCCAGCAACCAUUUCAAUCAUCCUGGCAGGUCGAUAUAGUGACAUUGUGAAUCCUCAGGAGAAAUUUGAGAAGAUAAUGAGAGGAAUCCAAGGUGCGCUUAUUGUUGCCUCAACUUUGCAAAUUGUAAUUGGUUUUAGUGGCCUUUGGCGUAAUGUUGCUAGGUUCUUAAGUCCUCUGGCUGCUGUACCUUUGGUUGCUUUGUCUGGCUUUGGGCUCUAUGAAUUUGGCUUUCCUGUGGUUGCAAAAUGUGUGGAGAUUGGUUUGCCACAGAUCAUCUUUCUUGUAAUUUUUUCGCAGUAUAUACCUCAUAUGAUACAUGGAAAACGCCAUGUGUUUGAUCGCUUUGCUGUUAUAUUUUCUGUCGUCAUUGUGUGGGUUUAUGCUCACCUGCUGACUGUGGGUGGUGCCUAUAAGAAUGUUGGGCCUAAAACACAACAAAGUUGCAGAACAGAUCGUGCUGGAAUUAUGGGUGCUGCUCCAUGGAUAAGAAUUCCAUAUCCUUUUCAAUGGGGAGCUCCCACUUUUGAUGCUGGAGAGUCUUUUGCAAUGAUGACUACUUCAUUUGUUGCUCUUGUCGAGUCCACUGGUGCCUUCUAUGCUGUAUCUAGGUAUGCAAGUGCUACUCCAUUGCCACCUUCUGUUCUUAGCCGUGGUGUUGGUUGGCAGGGAGUUGGCAUUCUCUUCUCAGGGAUAUUUGGAACUGGGAAUGGAUCAUCAGUAUCUGUUGAAAAUGCUGGUUUGUUGGCAUUGACCUCUGUUGGCAGUCGGAGGGUUGUUCAGAUAUCUGCAGGAUUUAUGAUCUUCUUCUCCAUUCUUGGAAAAUUUGGAGCUCUUUUUGCUUCAAUUCCUGCUCCAAUUGUUGCAGGCCUAUACUGCCUGUUCUUCGCCUACGUGGGUUCAGCUGGUCUAAGCUUCCUCCAGUUCUGCAAUUUGAACAGCUUCAGGACAAAGUUUAUAUUAGGAUUCUCCUUUUUCAUGGGCUUGUCGAUACCACAGUACUUCAAUGAAUACACUGCAGUUAACGGUUAUGGUCCAGUCCAUACCGGCGCAAGAUGGUUCAAUGACAUGAUCAAUGUACCUUUUUCAUCUGAACCAUUUGUUGCUGGCUUUUUGGCAAUGUUCCUUGAUGUCACAUUGCAUAAGAAAGAUAAUGCUACAAGAAAGGAUCGCGGCAUGCAUUGGUGGGAUAGGUUCCGGUCAUUCAAGACAGAUACAAGAAGCGACGAAUUCUAUUCUCUGCCGUUCAAUCUCAACAAGUUCUUCCCAUCGGUGUGAUUUUAAACCUAUAGGUUGAAGGUUCUAUGCAUCUGUUUUCCCAGUGAGUUCCAGUAUCUCCCUGUGGACAUUACAGUAAAAAUGGGUGUUCUUUUUGGCACUGUUUUCUGCCUCAAAACCAACUUAGUGGUAUAAAUGAUACUGGCUUCAUCUGUCUGUAUCAAUGCUUUUGUAUGUUAAACUAUACUCCAAGAAAAUAUAACUGUAUCAGGAUUUGAACAUUACUAAA